CGGACUUCAGCAGUUGCAGUGCCGGCUGCCUCCCUCUCGCGUGCGCUCGCCCUGUGCCUCUCGCGUGCGGAAGCUAGGCAAACCGCCGGCGCCCUAGCUAGGUGCCCAGGCCAUCGUCGGUCCCUUCGCCAAGCCAUCGUCGGGGUCUCGGGGAUUAGCACCCGCACCCACAAGAUGGCCACACCGAACGGUCCUUCUGCUUCUCCGAUGGUGUACCCUGUCUACCUUUCUGGGGUAUUUCCCCAGCAAGGCGGGGAUGAUCAGGCUCAAGGUCCAGGGAUAUAUGCCAUACAACAGAACCAGUUAGCAGCGGCGAUGGGAAUGGGUUGCUAUGCUCCAACCACACUCAUUCCCCUCACUUACAAUAUCCCAACAGAAAGCAUUGGUGCUCCUGCUGGUGAAGAGAAUGUACAGGAUGCUAGGCAGCAAAAUGUACCUCAAAGACAAGUUGUUGUGAGGAGGUUUCACUUCGCUUUUCAGCUUGACUUGACCCUGAUCAUCAAACUAGCUGCAGUGGUGUUUCUCUUUAGCCAGGAAGGCUCAAAACAAAGGCUAUUUCUUCUCAUACUGUUUGCAUCAUUGAUUUACUUAUAUCAAACCGGAGCUAUUAUACCUUUUGUUAGAUGGCUUCAGCGGGCGGGAGGUGCAGCUGCUCAUCCACCACAGGCUCCUGCUCGGGCCGAGAACCGUGCUGCUCUGCCUGCCCAGAAUGAUGGCAAUGAGCAGCCCAAUGACCCUGCAAACCCUGACCAAGCUGCAGAGAACCGUGAACAAGAUGCUGCAGCUGGUAACGAGAAUCCACAAGAGGCAGAGGUAGAAGGCAAUCGGCGUAAUUGGCUGGAAGGUGUCUUGAAAGAGAUCCAGCUGGUUGUUGUAGGGUUUGUUGCAUCGCUUCUUCCUGGUUUUCAGCACAAUGACUAGGCCUCAUCUUGUCACUGUGGAAUAAGCUAUGUGCAGUGAUUUGGUUAUGGUGACAUAGGGGAAGUAAUUAUAUGAAGCUGCUCAAAGCUUUCUGUUUAUAUUGUUUCAAGUUCAAAGACUUAUUGAACCAAUCCUAUCAUACUUCCAGCAAUACUUGCAGCUCACAUGUAAAGAGUAGCCUGGCACCCCAUCAAAUGAGCUAUGAUUUGAGUUUCUGAAAUAUGGGAUGCCUACACCUGAAUACAGAAUCAGCCCCUGUUGUAAGAUGUCUGAAACAUGAAGGAUGUGAACGUUUUUUCGGGGCUGAAACCUUGAAUAAUGUGAGUCGCGUCAAGAAGGAUGCUCCCUUUAUACUUAAGAGUACUAGCAGAGCAGAAAAAUAAUGUCAGAGUGAGAUACACCAAUUAUU